GGGGGGGAUGUUUUAAACGGGUGCAGCGUUGGUUUCUGUGAACGUUGUGUUUCUGGUUUUGUGCGGAAAAAAAAAAGAACAACAACAACAACAACGAACUUGUUUUGAUUUAUUUUGUAGCUUUUAAUAGGAUUUUGAGAGAUGGGGAGAAGCAGGAGUCGAUCACCGGCGCCGAGGCGAGAGCGUCGCCGGUCUCGCUCGGCCUCCAGGGAGCGGGAGAGGCGUCGGCGGGAGAGAGAGCGCUCGCGGUCACGUGACAAGGACAGGAGGCGGAGCCGGUCUCGCUCCCCCCACAGGCGCCGCUCCAGGUCGCCACGGAGACCCAGGUCCAGCUCUCUGUCCCCUUCGAGACAGAAAGACAGACGAGAAGAUGACAAAGAGCCCAAGGAGAAAGUGAAGGAGCACAAGAUUUCAGAGGAGGAUAUGGAAGGAAAGACGGAGGAAGAGAUUGAAAUGAUGAAGCUGAUGGGGUUUGGGAGCUUCGAUUCAACGAAGGGAAAGAAAUGUGAGGGUUCAGUUAAUGCAUAUGCCAUCAACGUCUCGCAGAAACGAAAAUACAGGCAAUACAUGAACAGAAAAGGAGGAUUCAACAGACCCCUGGAUUUUAUUGCCUAAAAACGGGUUUCAUAUUCGGGUUCGAUUUUAGUUUUAUGCUCCUGUUUUGAGAUUUGCUUUUUUUGCUGUUUCUGUUCAUUUGCUAGUGACUGAUUUACCUGUUAUCUGGAAUAUAUUCAAGUGUGUAGAGCUGAUUCUGAUAAAAUGAGUCUGUAUGAGAAUUACAGGAAGGGCCACUGUUCUGUUGUAUUGUAUAUUGUGCAUCAGAUAACACAGAGACAUUUUAGGUGAUCAGUUGCAUUGGCUUUCCAAGAGAGAACCAAGGAAGCUUGUUUGUUUUAAUAAAUAUCUUGUGUGUUACAAGCCGGUUAUCAAAAAUUGUAAACUGCAGUUUGGGUAAGUUAUGCAUUUAAAUAAACUAGCAAGUUUGAGCUAA